CUUAUGAAAUAUUAUAACCAGGUGGACAGCGUGAAUUGGCUGGAGGAAUACAAACAACGGCAUAAAGCUGGCUUGGAAGCUCGGAGAAUCGUAGCAUCAUUCUCCAAAAGGUUCUUUUCAGAUCAUGAAAGGCCUGACGUGGAAGUACUAUGCAAAGAAAAUCCUUUACUUCAUGCGGCAGCAAAACAUAUUGAAGAAACUGAAAGUGUAUCUUCAGCGCCCAGCGGAUGAGCAGUCCUUUUUGGAAGGGGCUGUAUUGAUUGACCAGUACUGCAACCCACUGUCGGACAUCUGCCUAGAAAGCGUCCAGGCCCAGGUUGACGAUAUUGUGGCCAAAGUUCGCAAAUUCCUGAAAUCGAAAAACUCUAGGCACCCAAGUGUGACCCAAAAAGCAGGGGAGGUCUUGAUCGUCUCUCAGGUGGAGCUUCAGAGGCAGGUCCUCGAUGCCAUGAACUACGUCCUCUAUGAGCAAUUGAAAUACAAAGGGAACGAGGUGGAUUACUACAAUUCCCUGAAUUCAUACAUCCGCCAGGUUUUGAUCCACAGGACUGGAAUCCCAAUCAGCUUGUCGGUGCUUUACUUGACAAUUGCCAGGCAGUUGGGUGUGCGGCUGGAGCCUGUCAACUUUCCCAGCCACUUUCUGCUCAGAUGGUGCCAAGGGACAGAAGGAAGCACAAACAUCUAUGACUAUGCCUAUAUCGACGCUUUUGGGAAGGGGAAGCAGCUUACCGUGAAAGAGUGCGAGUACCUGAUCGGGCACCACGUGACCGAGGAAUUUUACGGCGUGGCGACAGCAAAGGAGGUUUUGCAGCGAAUGGUGGGCAACUUGUUGAACAUCGGGAAGCGGGAAAGCACUGAUCAGUCCUACCAGCUUCUGCGAGACUCCUUGGAUCUGUACCUGGCCAUGUACCCAGACAACGUGCAACAUCUCAUGCUCCAGGCUCGAUUAUACUUCCACCUGGGAAUCUGGCCAGAGAAGGUGCUGGACAUCUUGCAACACAUCCAAGCGCUUGACCCCUCCCAGCACGGAGCAGUGGGCUAUUUAGUUCAGCAUACUCUAGAGCACAUCGAACGCCGGAAAGAGGAAGCGGGGCCUGACGUGAAGCUCCACUCGGAGGAGAAACACAAAGACGUCUGCUAUUCUGUCGGCUUGAUUAUGAAACAUAAGAGAUAUGGCUAUAACUGUGUCAUCUACGGCUGGGACCCAGCAUGCAUGAUGGGGAACGAAUGGAUCCGGAACAUGAACGUUCAUAGUUUGCCGCAUGGUUCCCAGCAGCCCUUCUACAACGUAUUGGUGGAGGACGGAUCGUGCCGAUACGCAGCCCAAGAGAACCUGGAGUACAACAUGGAGCCCCGAGAAAUCCCACACCCGGACAUUGGCCGCUACUUUGCAGAGUUUGCCGGCACACACUACCUAGCAAACACUGAGCUGGAGUUCCGGUACCCUGAGGACCCGAGGCUGACUCUUGCAGAUGUCCAGAAAACGUACGGGAACCAGGAAUGAGCUUCUGUCUGUCUUUGCUGGUGUGAAAGAUGGCUUUUGUGCGGUGGCGGCAGCAGCGAGAGCUGCGUCACGGGAACCGUUCUUGACAGUUCUCCGGCUUAACUAGGGAUCACAUUUUGCUUGAUAACUAGGGGUGAAGUUUUUUGUUCUUUAACCACCCAGCUAAAGCCGUGCCAAUACUAGUGAAACACUGCAGGGCACCUGAGCUGCCGAGGUGUGCAGAUGCUACUUGGAAAUGACUUCUGUGUACAAAGUACACGGUCCUCCUUACCGUUCUUGGACUUCGAAAGCUCUUUGUUUCCCCACCAAAGACUCGGGGAGUGUUUGGGGUGGCCCAGAGACUGAAAAUAUUGGCACCUUACGGAUAGGGUUAGUCCUCCACAUUUGCGGUGCAAUGAAGGUCUUGAGUUAUGUGCAUGUCCCGGAAAGAACACGGCUUUUUCACAGAC